GUCAUUCCAUGAUGGCUGAAGAUCCUGGCGGAACAUUUUUCAAUUUCUCUGUCAUUUUUCUUUCUUUCUCUUUAUCCCAGCUUGCCAUAGCGACAUGGCAGGACUCACAGCCCCGUUAAGCGUCCACAGAUCAUUGGUGUCGACAUGCCCAAGAAAGGGAACCGAAAACGGCUGAAAUUUAAGGCCGGGGACGUUUGUUCGGAAUCAGUCACUGUUGCUGAUUAUGCCGAUGCCGACCCAGCCGUUGUGAAAUCGGGAAGGGUGAAAAAGGCUGUUGUAAAUGCAGUUGAAAAAGAAGUAAAAUUACUCUGUGGCCUGGAAGCAUCUCAGGGUGCUGUAGAAGAGGUCCUGUCGUCUGCAAAAUGUGUUAAAGCAGACGCUUUGGGCAGCAGUGAUGAGCUUGACCCUGAAGAAGAAGGAGAAAAUGAACCAAAGGUGGCUCGUAAAAAGAAAAACAAAAGGAGAAAGGAGAGCAGUGAAAUCAGUGAUGGUGAGGAUUAUCCAGUGGACAUUUGGUUAGUUCUUUCCUCUUACAUUCGUCCUGAAGAUGUGUGCAGAUUCGCUCUAAUCUGUAGGAAUGCAUGGACAGUCACUUGCACAGCAGCUUUUUGGACCAGACUCUACAGAAGACACUACAGGAUUGAUGCUGAUCUGCCGUUUCGUCUCCAGCCUGACUCCAUUGAUAGGAUGCGCUACCUUCGGGCUUGUGUGAUUCGUUCUCUUUUCCAUUUGUAUGAGCCGUUCAGCUUGCGUGUGUCAAAAAUUCCUGCACUGCCAGAAUCCACGCCCACCACUUUGAUUAACUCCAAGUGUUUACUCUUUUGGGUCAAAAAGCUGUCAGGAACUCGGCCAGAGACAUUGUGGGAGUUCAACUUCAAAUUUAUAAAGCAGCAGGGAUACAGUAAGAAUGGAUGUGCCAAUUCCUUGUGUAUGCCUCGACAAUAUGAAGAUGUUCACAUGAAUCCAGACUCUGACUGCUAUAUGCUUCAAGUUACCACUCUCAACUUCAUCUUCACUCCUGUAGUCAUGGGCAUGACGCUGACGCUGUUCACAAUCAAUGUAAGCACAGACAUGCGCCACCACCGCGUUCGUCUGGUGUUUCAGGACUCGCCACUGCAGCGGGGGAAGAAGAAAGGGGAUCAAAGUGGAACUCAGGUGGUGUUGGAUCCCGUACACAGUGUGAAACUCAUGGACUGGUGGCAUCCACAGUAUCCCUCCUUACCCUAUACAUGAGUCCUGCCACCUCAGUUCCUGCUACAGUAGACUGUCACAUCAGGAAUCCUGCCAUUAUCUCAUCACGCUCACAAAACAAAAAAUAACAUUGGAUGAUGUCUAGAUCAUGUUGAGUGACUAAUUUUUUGCACAUACAUAUUAUGAUUGUCAUUUUAAAAAAGUCAAUACUGACCUGAAAUCAGAGGCACAUCCCAUUUCAUGGCCAGCCAUGCACAGAAGGCAGAGGAACAUUUUGUGCGACCCACUGCGGUCCACCAGUAUUUUACACAGACUACAUUGUUGCAUGUUAAACCUACAUGUACAACCCAUUUUAUUGGAGAGCUCAAGGAGCGAUGGAUUAACAGGGAGUAAAUUUUGUUUGUCCCUCUAGUAAUUUGUGUCAUGCUCACUUGAAACGCUACCCUGUAAUACCGUGAUUUUGCAUUGAUUUAAACUUUGACAUUGUUGCAACAACAGGGUUCUACUAUUCUUUUAAAAGCAUUUUAGUGUGUUUAAUUUAAGGAAGACUCGUUUAGUAUUAUGUGAAUAUUAAUGACUCUGCUCUGCACUGAAGGGGCCAAAGAGAUGAUUUACCUCAGACACAAUCUGCUGAUCUGGGCAGUGUUUUUUUUUAUUUUUUGAAGUGAUUUCUGGCUAAAAAACAUCUUGAUUGUCUUCGUACUCAUAAUGUGAGCUAUGUCAGUCUCAACUUUGAAUGGCUCCAAGUGUUUAAAGUGGUCUAUCUUGAUGUGUGUUGAAUGUGAGUAGAAUUAUACCAAUCACAUGCUACAUUUCUUCAUCUCUUCAACAUGGUCAGUCAUUUAACCUACACUGAUAUGCACAUAUGACAUGAGGGGAAAAGUCAUUAGAUUAACAACAUGCACUUGUAGUCAUUAAAUUCUAGUUUGAUGGCGGUACUCCAUAGCAGAGGACAGCUGAUUGUUUUAGAGGGUGGUCUAGUUUUUCAAAUGAGUUCCAUUAAUAAAUAAGCUUGCCGUUCUGAAAUAAAAACUGAAACUGCC